AUGUAUUUGUCUGACGAACUACCAACUACUACUUCGUACCAAAAAGUCCUUGGAUGUGGAUGUAUCAUUGGAGGAAUUCUCUUUUUUAUGUACUUUCAAAUUCAACAAAAACCAGUCAGUUUUAUAUGGAAACCUGUUCAAGUUUGGUAUACACCAGAACAGAGAAUUAAACGACCCACAUAUAUUAAUCAAGAUCAUGCUUUUUGUGGUCCUUGUCCUGCUGAUAAACGCUUUUCAACUGCUUGGCAAUUGACUGAUCUUGUUACACUUAUUUCACCAAAAACUCCAUUUCUUCUCAAUAUUGGUGCUGGAACAGCAGAUGGUGGAAUAUAUGAUCCAACUUAUCCACUUCUUACAAAUUUUACUCCACUAUUUUCUGCACUUCUUAUUGAUCCUAGUACAAAUCCAUCUCAUUUCAAUGCUUAUCCUAAUCGAUCAAAUAUUCAUAUUAUACAUGAUUAUAUUUGGAGUGAAACUAUCGUUGAAAAUAUUCUACAAAAAUAUAAUAUUUCAAAAUAUUUUACACUUCUUAAAGUUGAUAUUGAUUCAUAUGAAUGCUCAUUACUUCAAAGUAUUCUUCAAUCUGGUUAUCAACCACAAAUAAUUCAUACUGAAUUUAAUCCUAUUUUUGCACCACCUGUUAUUUUUAUACCUAUUUAUAAUUCAACAACAAAACAUGACUGGAAUCCACCACUAUGGUCAAGUAGUGGUCCAUUUUAUGGAUGUAGUUUAUCUGCACUUUCAAAAUUAUUAUUAUCAUUUAAUUAUACAUUAGUUGAACUAGAUUUUUGGGAUGUUAUAUAUAUAAAACGUGAUAUUGUUGAAUUAAUUCAAGUUCAAGUACCUUUGAAUGAUAAAGUUGCAUAUGAAUAUGGUUUUAUGAGUCAUUCAUGUUUUGCAUACUGUCGAGGAAAUGUCAAACUAUAUAAUGAGCAUAUAGAUGGUGCAAUAAAAACUGCUUUAAAUCAAUCAAAUUUUACAAAAUAUAUGACAAAUAUUAUCGAUUUAUUUGCUCCGGUAUCAAAGAAAACUAAUUUAAAACAUCCAUAUAUUAUUAGUAUAUAG